AUGGUAUCUUUUGGAUACGCUUUAUUUGAAGUAUUAGAAACAGAAGAAAUUGGUUCUAAACUUGAAGAGGUUCAGAAAGCAACAGAAGAUUUGGUAAAAUUCGGAAAAUUGGUUAAACUCAAAUCUUUUUCACCUUUUAGGAAUGCUGUUCAUGCUUUAGAAAAUACUAACGAUAUAUCAGAAGGUAGAAAUUAUGAUGGUAUCAUUGACAAAAGUUUGGCGGGAUCUAUUAAAACUGAAUUGGGAUAUAAUUGUGAGACUGGAGAACUUGUUCUUGAAUUAAUUCGCGGCAUUCGUUUACAUGCUGAUAAAUUAUUGAGUCAGGUUAAAGGGGGUGAGCUUCACAAAGCACAACUCGGUUUAGGUCAUAGCUAUUCUAGGGCAAAAGUAAAGUUUAAUGUUAAUCGUGCUGAUAAUAUGAUCAUUCAAGCAAUAUCUUUAUUGGAUCAAUUAGAUAAAGAUAUAAAUACAUUUGCUAUGCGCGUGAGGGAAUGGUAUUCAUGGCAUUUUCCUGAACUUGUAAAAAUUGUGAAUGAUAACUAUUUAUAUGCAAAACUUGCAAAAUUUAUUCGAAACAAGAGCGAUCUUACUGAAGAUAGAUUGGAAGAUCUUUUACCAAUUGUUAAUGACGAAGACAAAGCAAGACAGAUAAUUGAUGCAGCACAUUCAUCAAUGGGUACAGAUAUUGCUGAAUUAGACAUGGUAAAUAUCUGCCAUUUUGCAGAUUGUAUAAUAGAUCUUGUUGAAUAUCGUAAACAUUUAAGUGAAUAUUUAUUGGAUAGAAUGAAUAAUGUCGCACCAAAUCUGUCAGCUUUAAUUGGUGAAGUAGUUGGAGCUCGAUUGAUUUCACACGCUGGAAGUUUAACUAAUUUAUCAAAAUAUCCUGCAUCGACUGUACAAAUUUUAGGUGCUGAAAAGGCUCUAUUUAGAGCUCUUAAAACUAAGGGAAACACCCCAAAAUACGGUCUUUUAUUUCAUUCAUCAUUUAUCGGCAGAGCGGGUGCAAAAAAUAAGGGUAGAAUAUCACGCUUCUUGGCCAAUAAAUGUUCAAUUGCUUCACGAAUUGAUUGUUUUUCAGAAAAAACUACUGCAACGUUUGGCGAAGCAUUAAAAAAUCAAGUUGAAGAAAGAUUAAAGUUUUAUGAAGAUAAACAACAACAAUAA